GCUGGAGCGGGAGCGCUGAGUUGUCGGGCGGCGGGACAGCGGCCCGGAAUAGGGGGCGGGGGUGUUGGUCAUGUUUCCCUUCGGGCCCCACAGCCCGGGCGGGGACGGGGCGGCUGGAGCUGAGGAGCCGCCGCCUUUCGGAGGGCCGGCGGCAGCUUCCAGACCGCCCUCUCCAGCUCCGCGGCCGGCGCCCCAGCAGCAGCAGGGAGCUGACGCGGCCCCUCCCCCGCCCGCAGCCCGGAGCCCUCGCCUCCCGGGCGGCUCCGCGCUGUCGUCGGCUGAGCGUGCGGGAGAGCUCGCGGCCCCGGGAGCUCUGGAGCUGUCGGCCGCUGCAGCGCAGGCCGAGCUGUCACCGUCGUCCUCGCCGCGCAGGCGCUCGAGGCCAGACUGCAGGGCCGGCCACCGGAGCCGGCAGGGCCUCGGCGCUGGCCUGGGCGGCCCUGGCGCCCGACUGUUCGGGUGGCUGAGGGAGCGGAGCCUCGGCCGCGGGCUGUUCGUGGACCCGGCGCGGGACAACUUCCGCACGAUGACGAACCUGUAUGGUUCCAUCCACCCCGCGGACUCCGUGUACCUCAGCACCCGCACCCACGGGGCUGUCUUCAACCUCGAGUAUUCGCCCGACGGGUCAGUGCUGACAGUUGCUUGUGAACAGACUGAAGUUCUGCUUUUUGACCCUAUUUCUUCAAAGCACAUAAAAACCCUUUCUGAAGCGCAUGAAGACUGUGUGAAUAAUAUCAGAUUUCUUGAUAACCGGCUAUUUGCUACCUGCUCUGAUGAUACUACAAUAGCACUAUGGGAUCUGAGAAAAUUGAACACCAAAGUAUGCACUUUACAUGGUCACACUAGCUGGGUGAAGAACAUCGAAUAUGAUACUAAUACAAGACUCUUAGUAACAUCAGGAUUUGAUGGAAAUGUCAUUAUAUGGGACACUAACAGGUGCACAGAAGAUGGGUGUCCACAUAAAAAAUUCUUUCAUACACGUUUUCUUAUGCGAAUGAGAUUAACACCAGAUUGUUCUAAAAUGUUGAUCUCAACAUCCUCUGGAUAUCUUUUGAUUUUGCACGAUCUGGACUUAACUAAGUCUUUAGAAGUAGGCAGCUAUCCCAUUUUGAGAGCAAGAAGAACUACUUCAAGUUCAGAUUUGACCACUUCAUCAAGUUCUUCUGGUUCUAGAGUUUCUGGUUCACCUUGUCAUCACAGUGAUUCUAACUCAUCUGAGAAACACAUGUCACGAGCCUCUCAACGAGAAGGAGUUUCACCACGAAAUAGUCUUGAAGUCUUAACCCCUGAAGUUCCUGGUGAGAGAGAUCGUGGAAACUGUAUCACAUCUUUACAACUGCACCCCAAAGGCUGGGCCACCCUUCUUCGGUGCUCAAGCAACACUGAUGAUCAGGAGUGGACUUGCGUCUAUGAAUUCCAAGAAGGAGCUCCAGUGCGGCCUGUGUCUCCUCGAUGUUCCCUGCGGCUGACUCAUUACAUUGAAGAAGCUAAUGUAGGCAGGGGCUACAUCAAAGAACUUUGCUUCAGCCCCGAUGGACGAAUGAUUUCUUCCCCACAUGGCUACGGGAUUCGCUUGUUGGGGUUUGACAAGCAGUGCAGUGAGCUUGUUGACUGUUUACCCAAAGAAGCCAGCCCCUUACGGGUGAUUCGCUCUCUGUACUCUCACAAUGACGUGGUCCUGACAACAAAGUUCUCUCCAACACACUGUCAGAUUGCCUCAGGGUGCCUUAGUGGACGGGUCUCUCUGUAUCAGCCAAAGUUUUAGGCACAACUUACAUCAAAUGAGGAACUCUUCUGGUGUAUGUUUAUGAAUUACUUCAAUUUAGGUGAAGUAUUUUCUUUUUUAGAAGAUCUUAUAACUCUGGGUCAAGAUAUUGGUUCUUAUGGGUUGGUGAACACUGUGACCCGAGUCCUUCGCCAUCCAGCAUCAUCUGGGCAUCUCCAUUCCGACCAUGCAGCAUCGUUCUCUCGGCAUUCCUUUGCUCUGCUGUCUGUGCCGCUGAGUUUGGGUUUUCCGAGUCAUUUUGCAUGUGGCUCUUGUUCUCUCCCCAUCCCUAUUUCCAUCACUGCUCUCCCCUCCCCCAUUUUAUUUUGGUAUGAAUUUUGUGAGCAUUGGAUAAGAGUCAUGGUUGGGAUGAGGAACAGCCUGUGGCACUAGUGUUAAAUAAAACCCAGAAGUUGGAUGUUGGCACACCACUUGUUGAAAAAAAGAAAGUUCAUCUUCAUUUAUCAGUACACUUGGCCUUUAAAGUUGCUGUCAAAUAUUGAGCACAGAUAAUAGCAUUAUUCUCAUAACUGAUAACUCUUGCAACAAAAUAUCCUUUUUUAAAUUUCCUGUUAAAAUUAUACAAGUUAUCUCAUGUGAGAUUUUUGUUGUGAAAUUCUAGAAAAAUAUUGCAACCUCAUUGUAAUUUAUUUUACUUGUAUGAAUUUAAAAUCCCCAGCAUGUGUCUGUAUUUGGUAUUUUGUUCCUGUCAGCAGCAUUGGAAAGGAAAGGAAUAAGCUCGGUCAUCUCUGUUGUACAGAAGAUUUAUUCAUUAGGUUGGCACAGUUUCUGGUCAUAGAGUAAGAAGACUAAGUUGGCUUAGAUUGGCUGUGAUUUUUUGAGUCACACAGAUGAGCUGUUCACAGUAAUGGGUGGGAGGAAAAUAAAAGAUUUUAUUGUCUUUGUUCCUUCAGCCAGAGAGCAUAAACUCAGUUCUUGCCAUCACUAAGAAGGGACCUGUAGUCCUUUAAGCUGCUGUCUGUGACUUGAGUAGCACUACUGGCUCUGCUUUGGUCAUGGAAAGUAUCAGGCAAGGUGUGAAGGCAAUGCUACUCCUGCCUUGGAUGGGCAGCGUUCUUCCAGUCUCUGCUACAUUGAUUGGCACUGUUGAGAUGUGUUAGAAGCUGGAAUAAUUGAAGCCAUGCAGAGCCUUGCUCUCUUUGGUCACAUGCCCUUUAGGCCAGCAUUUCUCAAAUAUUAGGAUGCAGUAUAAUCCUUGAAGGAUUUGUGAAAAAUACAGGAAUCUGGGCCUGACUUUAGAAGACUGAUUUAGGCAGGGAAAGGACCGGACUCUGUUUAUAAAAAGAACCUUAAAUCAUCUAUAUCCAGGUGGCCUCCAGGUCAUAGUUUGAAAACAACCUGAAAUUGCAGUAGGUAUUUCUAUACCCAUUUGGUGCUUAACACAAUUCCCACAAGAUGUUUCAUCUAUUUAAACAGUAAUAAUAAUAAAUCAACAAUAGCAAUUUUAGAGUAGCAUAUAACUUGAAAUGGUAUUCAUUUCAUCCUUAGACAAAUGAAAGAAGUUAAAUGAUUUGCCUAAGGUCAUACAAAGUUAGUGGGAAGGCAAGAGCUUCAAGUCUCUUUAAUUCCUCGCUCAAGGCAGUUUCUACUGUAUUAUGACGGCUGUUACAAACAUCAGUGAUGCCAGGCAGUGGUGGCACAUGCCUUUUAUCCCAGCACUCAGGAGGCAGAGGCAGCCUGGCCUACAGAGCGAGUACCAGGGCAGGCUCCAAAACUACACAGAAACCUUGUCUUAAAAAAAACAAAAAAAUCAAUGAUUAUGGGCAUUUUGUCUUUAGGUUAUAUUAUUGUGAAUAAGAUGAUCAGAUUGGAAAAGGCAGCAUGGGAGUAGAUGCUGAAAGGUUUAUCCAUAGCAAAAAAGGUAUUUAAUACAGAAAUGUUGAAACAGCCCAAAUACACGAAUAAAUGCACAGUUCUUUCUAGUGCCCAUCAGCCAUUCACACACCUGUAAGAGCUUGUGUCUCCCAAAGAACAAUGCUAGCUCUGGGGCAGUAUUUAAAAAUUAGAUCUUAUCAUAGAUGUUAGAAAAGCUGGAAAACUUGUAGUCAUUGAAAAAAAAACAGCAAAGUACAGUGAAAAUCAUAGGCUUGCUUCUAUAAGCUAAUUUAGACAUAAGGAUAUUAAGGUGGUGAGUUACUUCUUUGCUGUGUUCUUAGUUGCAAAUACAGAGUUCAGAAUGAUAGUCUACAGCCAUACUACCCUUGAAUGCACAUGAACUCACCUUAGAAGCUAAGGGGGGUCAGGCCUAUAUGGGAGAAUUCAGAAGGAUGCAAAUGCAAUUAUCGAAGAGGGAUGCUUUUUAUUUCCUCUUAUGAUAACCGAGCUGUUAUCUGGAGUCUGUGCUCUCUCUCUGGUUUUCCUGGGGGGCAAACAUCAAACUCAGGCUGUGCAAGGCUCCCUCCCAAGCAGCAAUGAAUUCAGACCCAGGUUUGCCUGUUUAUUACUAAGUCUGUACUGACUUCUCUACCAUUUUGCCCUUUGGUUUGUGAAGGAUGAGCUAGCUACCUUGGUCUGUUAAUGUAUGAGCUUGAUUAUCUUCUGCAAAAUUUUAUUACAAGGCUGGCCUUGUUGCCUUCAGUGCUGCAUAGAAGAACAUUUCCAACACUGGUGUUUCCAUGAGACUGCAGAUCAUCACCCCAGGCAUACAUGUGGGCCGUUCCUAAGCUAAAAUCAAAGCAAGCAGCACUCGUGUUGAAAAUGUAGAGGAUAGCUUUGUGAGAAAGCCAAGCCAGAGACGAGAACUGAAAAGAGCCAGCAAGUGCUGCAGCAGGGAGAGUCAGGGCCAAGACGAAAAUCAGACAGUAUUAACCAGAAUUGAAGGGCCUCAGAAAACCUGUACUAUUGGGAAAAGUUACAUAUUACCAUUUUAAGGUCCCAUUUGAACAGUCUGAAAAUCUGGUACUUUUUACUGUUUUAUUUAUACAUUCCUAUUAUAAUUGGUAGAAGUAUAUUAUAACUGAUAAUGAAGUUAUUGUUGGUAAAUCUUGGUAACUAAGUUAUUCUGGCUAAAGCUUCCUUCAGAACACCUGUUAACGGGAAUGCUAUGUUGAAUGACUUAGGUGCAUCACAUAUACAAUAGUUGCUUAUUUUCAAUCAGAAAUGAAGGGCUAAAAUAAGAGUCUUUUGUUUUUAAAAAUGUUUGACCAUGGAGCUGGAGAGAUGGCUCAGCAGUUAA